UGCAACAGCAAGCAUACUGUGCUACGACUAAAUUCUAAUUCAGUGAACUGCUGGUGAGAAAAGGAUGAUCAUACAAGCUAAAAGAAGUGGAUGUGGGCAUAGCGAAAUAAAGCAAAGGAUUUGAAGAGUGCUGACAGGAUCUGUCCCAGCUUUAAAGUAAAAGGAUAAAGGACAAGUAGGGAGAGGACAAAUAGGACACAGAGCAAAGGAUACUGCUCUUUUUUUGUUGGAUUGUUGUGUUCCCUUGGAUUUCUCACUUUCCUCCCGAGCUAAGAGACUAGAGGGAGACGGGCUGCAACCACUGCAGGCAUGAAGUACAACUACCGUGUGCCAGCGUCAACAUAUGCACGCAGUUCACAGUACACACCAACUUACCACACUUCCACCCACUACACACCCUCAUACUACACACCAUCACCAUACACAUCCACAUACACGUCCACAUCAAAGUACACCCCUACACAGUACAGCACAACAUAUUACACCCCAUCACACCACACAUCCACUUAUAAAGCCGCAUCCACAUACAUCCCUUCAUACAGCAAAGGGUCAAGGUUCAGUUCAACACAUGGCACACAAGCACAAGAAAAGCCUGCACCUGUAAUACCCGUAACACCCACAAAGAGAACAGUGCACUUCCCCAAUGACAUCAUCUUCCAGGAUAUUGUUAGACGAGGAGAUCUGGAGCAGAUUGGUCGGUUCAUGAGAGCGAGGAAGGUUCGUGUGGAUACAGUGUUCCACUCAGGUAUGGCAGCACUACAUGAAGCUGUGCUAACAGGAAACCUGGAUGUGGUGAAGCUGCUGGUUAAAUAUGGCGCCGAUGUCCAUCAGAGAGACGAGGAUGGCUGGACGCCACUCCACAUGGCCUGCAGCGAUGGCUACCCAGAAAUUGCCAGAUACCUGCUGUCAAUGGGAGCCAGCACAGAGGCAGAGAAUGAAAGCGGAGAGAAGCCCGCAGACCUCAUUGACCCAGACUGUAAAGACCUGGCCAAACUGUUUGAGACUGGCUGCGUGUGAUUGGAUACCGAGAGGGUCCAAAGGAAAACAAGCAACGGCUACAAAAAGAAGACGAGGAGCCGGAGCAGAACAUUUCUGCCGCAGCACAGGACUGAUCUUGUGAAGCAAGAUUCUGCUUGCUAGUUUCAAAACUGUAGUACAAAUUCCCUGUAGGUGUGUUAGUGUAAAUUAUUGCCUAAAAUUAAUAAUCCAGGUGGUGGUUAUUUUACUUUAUUUCAUUGUCUUUGACUUUACUUUUAUUUGUGUAUCUGUCAUGCUACCAGCGUCACUGCUGUGACGUCUCGCAACACAGACAUGUCACUGAAGCAAAAUUUCCAGCAAGUUUUCUUGUCACAUUUAUUCUGACUGUCUCUUCAGUUCUGAAGAAAUGUUUGAUUUUCAUGAGCACUUCAGUUUAAAUUGUUUAUCAGAUGUGUUUUUACAUUGCUGGCUGAACUCUGCAAACUCACUUUGGGCCGAGAAAAUUGUGUCUCAUAGAAAGAGUUUCUUUACUGCUGGGCAGUGAGAGCAUCAUCAAAAUGGAUAACUGAUACUUCACUCACAGUCAUAAAUCACAAACGGAGGCGCUUUGUACAAGUACAAGCUUGUACAAGCUUUUGUAAAGCUGUAGUAUUGUCCAGAAUAUGUUACUUUUGUUCAUUAUGUUAUAAGUACAUAAAUGCC